AUGAUUGCGUUUAGCGUAGUACCUACACUUUUACAGCCAGUCCUCAAGGCUCAUUACUUCUUUGAUGUAUUGAAGCCACUCUCGGGAUGCUACUUAAAGAUCCAUUCAGAAAUACCGCACCAUCCAUCCAUAAUGAAAGGCUCAAAGUUGAGGCAGAGUCGACUACCUCGUUGUCUCAUAUCACAACAUAAUCGAAACUUCGUGCGCGGGAAAAAGUCACAAAGAGCCUGCAGCCCGAGCCAGGCGAUGCCUAGACACCGGGACCACAUGAGGUGCGCAUAUUCAUCUAUAUCUCCCUUCUUUGUAACAGUCGUGACCGACUUGAUCCAAUCCGCAAUCUCCGUAUCGGGUGCUGGGUACGCCCCGGAAACUCAUCGGAUGGCUUUUCCUCCAUGA